AUGGCGCAUGCUCGCAUUUCAGCCCAGCUGCCCCCAGAUAUAGAUCCCACCAAAGCACCCCUGGCCUUUGGGGAGAGGGCCCUUCCCAAGCUCAACGAGGAGCUGCAGGCCCCGGAGCUGCUGACGCGGCAGCGGGCGCUCAUGGCCCUCUGCGACCUGCUCCACGACCCAGAAAACGUCUACCAGGCAAUAGACCUAGGAUUCUUUGACAACCUAAAAAUCUUGCUGCUAGAUAGUGACAGCACUAUCCGACAAAAAUCAACAGAAGCCCUCUACAUAAUGGCUACACAUAAUGUUGGAAGGCACGGGUUUGUACAAAAUAGAGUAAUUCCUGCCCUGGCUGAGCUAUUGGAUGAUCCAGUAGAUAUCUGUCGGAAGAACGUACAUCAGUCUUUUGAAAUGAUGGCAAGAUUACCUGAAGGGGCUAUAGACAUAUUGCAUGCCGGCUUGAUUCCCUCACUUGUGUAUCAAUUGAAGACAGAAUUGGAUGAAAUCCAGGAGCUAAUCCUGGACACACUCGCCAACUGCCUCUGUGUGGAGGCUUCUGAAGCUCUAGCAAGUGGUGCCAUUACCACCCUGAAGGAAAAGCUUGCACAUCCAUCAGUGGCCAUCAGAAGCAAAGCAGCUUGGGUCCUGCUGGGAAUCAGUAUCCAUCCAGAGGGCAAAACCAUGGUGUUUGAAGAAGACGUCAUUCCUGUGCUGGUGAGCCUGUUAGAAGAUACGGAGCCUGAAGUGCAAGCCAAAGCAGCAGGAGCACUGAUGUUUGCCACCGUUACACCUCAGGGGAGGUACUCGGCGCUGGGUGCCGAAGCGAUUCCCGCUUUGCUGAAGCUGGUUGCUGGGGAGAGGAGAGAAGCGCGUCUGAGCGCUGUCAAAGUGCUCACGAUGCUGGCCGAGCUCCCCGAGGGCCGCCAGAUCCUGCUCCGUCACGUGGCUGCGUUUGAGCGGUGUCUGAACGACCCCUCUGAGGCAGUGAGGAGAGCGGCCGAAACCGCCAUCCGCGUCAUCAAGUGGACACCAUGA